AUGGCUUUGAGCACCCAAAGAGCCUCCUCCCCAUCUCUUUCUUGGGCUGAACCACCUCCUCGUUGGAAAUACGACGUUUUCUUGAGUUUCAGAGGUCAAGACACGCGCUGGGGUUUCAUCUCCCAUUUAUACCACCAACUGGAGUUCUGUCAAUUAUUCAAGACUUUCAUUGACGAUCGAGAGCUUGAAAUAGGAUCUGAGAUCUCCCCGGAGCUAUUAAGCGCUAUCGAACAUUCUCAUCUCGCCAUCGUUGUUAUCUCACCCAACUAUGCUUCUUCCACUUGGUGCUUGGAUGAGCUUGCCAAGAUCAUCGAGUUCAUGGAACCCGGAGAUAAGAGAGUUCUCCCGGUUUUCCUUAAUGUGGAUCCGUCCGACGUUCGACAUCAAAGGAAUAGCUUUACUGAAGCCUUUGCUAAGCAUGAAGUGAAGUUCCGUGACGACCCCAAGAAGGUGGAGAGGUGGAGACAUGCUUUGAGAAAAGUGGCCAAUCUAUCUGGAUGGGAUGCAAAGAAUUAUAAAUGUGAACGUGAGCUUACAGAUGUCAUUGUGAAGAGUGUGUGGGAAAAAUUACGUCCUACGAUCACAUUGCCUAAUUCCGAAGAAAAGUUAGUUGGAAUGGAUUUUAGACUUGGGCAAAUGGGUUUGCUUUUAGCUCUUGAGGAAAAAGAUGUUCGAUUUAUAGGUAUAUGGGGUAUGGGUGGAGUGGGUAAGACCACCCUUGCUAAGCUAGUGUACGAGAACAUUUUCCUUCAUUUUGAAGUGGCUGAGUUUCUUGUUGAUGCCAGGAAGUCUCACGGUGAAAUAGUGAAUCUUCAGAAACAUGUUCUUUUCCCAGUCUUGAAGGAAAAUGUUUCGCAAGUUUGGGAUGAGUACAAAGGAACCCUUUUAUUUAGGAAAUGUAUGUCUAAUAAAAAGGUUCUCCUUGUUGUUGAUGAUGUUGAUUGCUGUGACUUCCUAAAAAAGUUGGCCGGACAUAAAUCUUGGUUUGGUGAGGGGAGCAGAAUCAUUGUUACAACUAGAGAUGAACGUGUGCUCAUUGAGAAUGACAUAGAAAUAUCAUUUAAGCUAUCAGGGCUAAAUGACUGUGAAGCUCUUGAGCUAUUUUGUCAAAAUGCCUUCAAAAAAGAUCUGCCUGAGGAAGGAUUUUCAGAGUUGUCCAAGUGUUUCAUAGAUUAUGUGGAAGGGCUUCCCUUAGCUCUUAAAAUCGUUGGAAGUUCUUUGUACAAUAGAGAUCUAGAGACAUGGGAAAGUGCUUGGGACAGACUAAAGAAAGGCUCUAAUGCAAAGGUUUUUAAUUCACUCAAAAUAAGUUAUGAUGCACUAGAUUACAUGGAGAAAAACAUUUUUCUGGAUGUUGCAUUCUUCCACAGGGGGAUUACGAAGGCCCGAGUUAUUGAAUUGCUAAAUAGCUGUGACCUUAGUGGUCGUUAUGGGAUAGAUGUUCUCAUUGAGAAAUCUCUAGUGACUAUUGAUUUGUACAACAAUGUUGGGAUGCAUGGUUUGAUACAAGAUAUGGCAGAGGAAAUUGUUCGUCAAGAAACUCCAUACUCUCGUGAAGAGCCUGGUUUUCGCAGCCGUUUGUUGCAUCGUAAUGACAUCUUUCAUGUCUUCACGACUAAUACGGGAACAGAAGCAAUCAAAGGCAUCCGCUUGAGCCUAUCAGAAUUAGAAGAGGCAGAUUCAAACUGGAAUUUUGAAUGCUUCUCUAAGAUGCUCAAACUUAUGUUUCUUGAAUUUGAUAAUUUAAUAGUUAGUUCAGGUCCUAAAUUCCUCCCAAAUUCUUUGAUAAUACUCAGAUGGAGUUGGUAUCCUUCCAAGUCUCUUCCAGCAUGUUUCAGACCAAAUUUACUUGCUGAACUUAAAAUGCGGAAUAGUCAACUUGUUGUGCUUUGGGAUGGAAGACUGGACUUGCCUACAUUGAAAUGUAUGGAUCUUAGUGUCUCCAAAUAUUUGAAGAAGACCCCAGAUUUCACAGGUAUGCCGAAUCUUGAGAAUUUGAAUCUUGAUGAUUGUGAGGGUUUAGUCGAGGUCCAUCCAUCCAUUGCAGUGCACAAAAAACUUAAGCGGUUGAUACUCUACGGAUGCAAAAACGUUAAGAGCUUCCCAAGUAAGAUUGAAAUGGAUUCCCUCAAGUUUCUCAACCUUUCCUACUGCUCAAAACUAAAGAUUCCAGAAUUUGGAGAAGGGAUGGAAAAGCUGGCUUACCUGUGCAUGCGCGGUACUGCUACUGAGGAACUACCUUCAUCAAUUGAACAUCUGGUUGGUCUUGAGUGUUUGGAUAUAUUUAAGAGCAAAAGUCUCCAGAGUAUACCGGGUACAGCAAUUUUUAAACUGAAGUCUCUUGAAGAGGUCUAUAUGUCAGAAUGCCCAAAACUGAAGAAACUAGUAGAAAAUACGGGGGAGACAGAGUGUUUGAAACUGUCUAUGAGAAGUAAGCUUGGCUCCUUAUUCAGAAGAAAGAGUCUAGAGCCUUCGUUGCCAUCUCCAAGGGCUUUACCGUCUUUGACAUCGUUAGAUCUAACUCAUUGUCAUCUUAGUCAAGGAGUAAUCCCCGAUGAUAUUGGCUACUGCUUUCCAUCUCUACAUAAGUUGCUUCUUGGUGGAAAUGAUUUUAUUACUCUUCCCGCAAGCAUUAAAUGCCUUUCUAUGCUUUGUUUCAUUGAUUUGAGGGGGUGCAAAAGGCUUCAACAAUUACCGGAUCUCCCAUCGAAUAGUCGUUUAGGAGUUUAUGCAGAUGAUUGUGAUUCCUUAAAAAAGUUGUCAGAACCAUCACAGCAGGGUACAUCCUCCAAUUUGGACUUCUUUCGUUUAACAACUAUGAAUUGCUUUGGAUUGAUUGACAAUGAAGGCUUCACUAUAGGAAUAAUUUGGAUGCUAAGGAGAUUGGCUGCUCAGGGAAUCUCUCCGGACCUUCUCUCAUUUUAUAUUGUAUGUCCUGGAAGUAGAAUCUCAGAGUGGUUUGAUAUUCGAAAUGAGGGAGGCUCAUUGACUGUGGAGCUGCCUCCGGAUCGGAAAAAUUGUAAAUCAGAGUGGAUGGGCAUUAUGUUUUGUGUUGUUUUUGCCGAUCAGAGAGAACCUCACACUGUUGAGUGUAAUGAUUUCUUAAUUGAAUGUCUAUCGCUUGGGGUUGGUGUUAAACACAUUUAUGCUUCAAGAAAGUACUCUCUGCGUCUAAAAAAUCUGAGGCAUAUGAUGGGAGAUCAUCUUUGGAUGUCUUUUAUGCCACGUGGUCAAAUCCAGGAUACCACAAGCUGCUCUUUUACGUUCUCAUUCGACGCGUAUUGUCAUUCUUGGAGUCGUUGGAUGCGUAUUCCAUGCCCGAAUUGUGUGAAGAGGUGUGGAGCCCGAUUGUUGUACGAGGAAGAUUUGAAAACCUUACUUAAUCCACCCACCGACCUCAUGAAACGAAGUCUUGAAUUAUGCGACUCAGAGGGAGGCAGAAGCAAGAGGAGAAGGUUCGAGUAA